CUUCCCGCCGUUGGAGUGACGUCACUACGUUGUGCGUCUUCGAAUGAAAGGAAACAAACACUAGAGAUUACGGUGCUGUUCCCGGAAUAAGAGUGACAGUGCUGGCAGGAGGGAGCGGGGCUCAGUGGUAUUUUGUGAACUUGGCGUAGAGUGAGCUGCAGAUCAUGUCGGGCUCUUCUGGACAGAAAAAAGGAGCACUGCGGCAACGUAAAUGUGGAUUCUGCCGGUCAAACAGAGAGAAGGAAUGUGGACAGCUACUGAUGUCCAACAACCAGAAGGUGGCAGCACACCAUAGAUGUUUGCUGUUUUCUUCCGCACUUGUAUCGUCACAAUCUGACAAUGAAAACCUUGGAGGGUUUUCUAUAGAAGACAUACAGAAGGAACUGAGAAGGGGCAAGAAACUGAUGUGCACUUUGUGUCACUGUCCUGGUGCAACGAUUGGGUGUGAGGUGAAGACUUGUCACAAGACCUAUCACUAUCACUGCGCUCUGCAUGAUAAAGCCAAGAUACAGGAAAACCCAUCACAAGGAAUAUACCUGAUCUAUUGCCGGAAACACAAAGAACAGAUGCACAACUCAGAAGAUGAAUUAGAAGAAGAGUUUGGCCACAGAGACCUAAGUCCAUCACCUCGUAAUCGUGGCAGGGGAAGAGGCUCACGUGGAAAGUCAAGGACUACAAAUUCCCGAGGGCAGUCUGAGGAGAGCAGGCUCACGUCUUCACACUGUACAGAAGAGACCGAAAGCAGCUCCAGUAGAGACAGGUCACCCCACAGAAGCAGUCCCAGUGACGGUAAACCGAAAUGUGGUUUUUGUCAUGCUGGUGAUGAAGAAAAUGAAACUCGAGGAAAGCUUCACAUAUUUAAUGCCAAAAAAGCAGCAGCCCACUACAAGUGCAUGCUUUUCUCCUCUGGUACUGUCCAGCUGACAACAACCUCAAGGGCAGAGGUUGGAGAUUUUGACAUCAAAACUGUGAUACAAGAAAUGAAACGUGGCAAACGCAUGAAGUGUACGUUAUGUGGCCUUCUAGGAGCUACCAUUGGAUGUGAAAUCAAGGCCUGCGUGAAAACAUAUCAUUAUCACUGCGGCGUACAAGAUAAGGCUAAAUACAUUGAAAACAUGUCCCGAGGAAUUUACAAGCUAUAUUGUAAAAAUCACAGUGGGAACGAUGAAAGAGAUGAAGAAGAUGAAGAACGUGAGAGCAGGAGCAAAGGCAACGCAGCUGAUGUACACGCCAAUACCAACCCACCACAGGUCAAUGGAAAUUAAGAGCAAAGCAACUAAAAUCUGUGGAAUGUGCCAGAAGCAUGGCAGUGAUCGGGGUGGGGAGGGGAUGCUGGACAUUUCAAGUUGGUUUUUAGUGAAGAUUGCAAAAAACAAAUAACCCGUCGAGGGAUGGGCUUUUUUUUUUUUUUUGUCUAAAAAUCCGAACUGUUUGCAGAAUGAAAUCUUAGUCAGUGCUCCACCCAAGGCCUUUGGGGCAUUUAUUUUUCUUUACUGCUUCAUCAUGCUGUUGUUUUUUUUUAUUUUUAUUUUAUUCUUUCUAUUUUUUAAUGAUGGUUUUUAAAAUGUGUUUUUUUUUUUCCCCUAAAGAAUUCCUGAAAUCAGGAAGAAACAUGGAAAUGGUAUUUUGCUUCC